GUUGUCGAUGAUGUAGAUGUUCUUGGCACUCGACGUCCCGGAGCAGGAGCGGUUGCUGCACACCGUCUAGAGGAAGCAGAGCCGUCGACAAGUUCUGCAUCUGCGCCAACUGGCGCGACGUCGAUUUUCAGUUGUACUGGUUCGGAUAAAAAUCAUGCCUGUUCUGACGAAAAGGAAAACGAAAAGGCAGGGGCCGCAACUACACAUGGUAGUGAUGAUCAUGAUUCUGAUUGUCCAGCUUGUGUAGAGUCUGCUUCACACGAGGACCUGUGCGUCCUGCCUAGCGACAUACUAGAUAACCACAGCUACCACCUUGCUUCGCCAGAUCCGAUUGUGCCUGGCGCUGAUAAUUAUUACGAGCAAGUGGGCGACGCAGUUGCACUUCCUCAUCAUCAGCAUAAUCAACAAGAAUAUCCGCUCGUCUCUGCAAUACCGAUAGCCGAGUCCUCGUCCACUAGCUCCGGGCAAACGCCGCCGCUAGAAAUACCUUGUUCCGGGAAAGUGACACGAGGACCCACGUCUGGAGCAGGUAAUAAUUACACAAAGCGAGGGACCGCAGACCGUGAAACAAGGGACGAGAACCUCACCCCUCCCCCCCGCACAAGCACACGAAUGACCAUCCAGCAACAUGCAAAUCUGCAGCUUCACCAGGAGCAGUUGCAGCAACUGCAAGUCGCUGCGAGAAUGGGAAUCAACCUGAUGCACCAUCCGGGGGGCGGUGGUUUGAGCAGAGCCGGAUCGCAGCCGGAUUUAUUUCGCCAGGUGCGGACCACCACGGGAGACGAGCAGGCUUCGCACGAGGUGAGUCAACAUCUGGUUUCCGGUGAGGCGACGAAUUCAUCAAUUGAUCUUCGACACAGGGAGAUCGCGGGCACUGCCGCGUCAUCGACCACGGUCGACUACCACUUACAAGAGGAUGUACUAGUUGAUGAGUUUCUACUGCCUGACAACUGUGAAAAGAGCAAGAGCGCCGGGGUUAAGAGCUUGAAUUCGGAGCAGCGCACCAUCUCUACAGCGACCGGACAAGACACGAUGACGUCCUACCCUUCGUGCUCUCUGCUGGAAAGCAGCCCUUCAAUGCUCUCGACAACCGCGGGGACCACUAGGACGACUGCCAACACCAGCAACACUCUGUUUUCCGCUUAUCUCAAAAGUUGCAGUUAUGCUGCGUGUUCCGCCUCGUCCGGAACGUUGAUGCUGAACAAGAACCCCAAGAACGAUGGUGGAGAUUAUAGAUCAACUUCAACCGCGCUACUGUUCCCGGACGGUCAAAAUGCAGCCAGUCCUUGUGCGGUCUCCGGAGUUCUUGGGAUGUCGUUUGACCACCAGCAUCCCGUACUGUUGCUGGAAGAAGACACGGCGGUGUCCGGCUACACAUCAUGUGCAGGAGCAUCGUCAACACCCUCCUGCUCCGACGCAAGAAGCGGAACCAGUGAUAUGGAUGUCCACCAAACAAGUACGAGUCAGGUUCGUGGCAGCUGUCCGCCGCGCGGCCGGGGGAAGGCGCAGAUGAUGAAGCCGCGGCGCAGCCGCGCCACCGGCCCUGUUGGAUCAAUGCAAGUGUGUGAAGACGAGGAGGAAGGCGACGCGGUCGAGAGACUCAGUGAGAAACAGCUAGCGGUAUCUUCGAAUGUUGCGAACCAAAAGGGUCGCAAGAACGACGGUACUAUGACCGCAAGCGAGGACAGAAACUUUAAUUCACAGGAGAAAUGUACAAGCGAUGAAGCCGGCGAGCCACAACUCGAUUACCUGCGCGGGAGCAACGCUCCUGCAGAUGAACUACCGGAAGUAGGUGAUGACGAUAUUGCUCCAGGGCUGCACGACACACAUGGAGGUGCGGCCGCUGACGCGACCUCGAAAUCCACCAACUCGACGUCUUCUCCGACGAAAACUCUGACUCUCACCCCUGCGACUCGUUUGCCGAUUCCCUCGCCCAACAGUGUGGUCUCGACCAGCGCUCCCACGACUAGCUCUAGUCCAUGCAGUAACUUGUCGGCAAAAAGCAUGUUUAACACGCGUUCGGGCUGGGACACGCUGUUGACAAUGAACAGCAGUAGUUCAUCAGCAUCCACUAGUACCACUUGUAAUAACCACUCAGCAGGUGGUAGUUCCUUCCAAAAUGGCACUUCUUCCAAGCCCAAUUAUACCAGUUCACAGUUUAUAAUUCACAACAACGCCGCGCAAUACAUGGGUGGAGACUCCACGUCCAAAAGUCGAAGUACAACCUCCACCUCCGCCGGCGCCGCCACGUGCACCAAUCUGGACGGACGGUUCAACUUGGUCGCGCAUCCGGAGAGCACCAGUUGUGCUGCUGUAACAAAUAGCACGAGUGCAUCAGCUACCAGUACCACACGUAGUACUACUGCGUCUGCGGCCUCGAGCUCAAACGGACACGGAGCGCCUUCUGCGGAUAUUGAUGGCAGUAAAAGUAGAACUUUAACGACCCAGCACGACUCCUCAUCUACGAAGCCUGGCAGCGCUGCCGGUCGCGCGCAGCCAGGCCGCAUUCAUCUGGGAAGAGAAACCGAGGGCGCUUUAUUGUUCUGCGCCACUCGUGAUCAUGGUGCCGCAAUGCCGCAGCUUCUGCAACCCGGAACAGUGCUGUCUCUCGCUUCCGCUGGAAAUGAGAUUGCACAGCAGGAACGUCGUGCUGUCACUGCCGCGCAGACGUCUUCUACCGGACGAGCAGUAAAGUGCGAACAAACGCAGCACGACAGGAGUGACGGCUUGGUACCGUUUUUUGAAGAUGAAGGCAAGUUCCGUGACGAGAAUAAUAGAGCAGAGGACGUUGACAGCUGCGUCGUGCUAUGAAAUGCAAAAGCAUCGUAUUAGUAGUAAUCGCAUUACAAAUUUGCUCAGCAUGACGAAUGGAAUUUCUCAUUCUGAUUUACCUUGAAAAAAAGAUUUGUCAUGCAUAAAUGCGAUUACUACGAGUACGAUACUUUUGCACAGGAUACGUGCCAACCAAAACGCCAGAGAUGGUGCGGAUUUCUUCGGGGUUCUUCGAAAGCGCCGCGCUUAUCACACCCCCGUGCAAGAAGAGAAGGCGGCCCGCGGCGAUCAAAACCAGAACCGCUGGAGGCACAAGCGAAGAUAAAAAUUAUCCAUCCGCCCCCGGAGCUGUUGAACAUGCGGAUCAUGCUGUUUUUGGUUCUUCUACUCCUCCGCACGAUGGUGGCGGGAACAGCGUUUCAGCAGCAGGCCCCCGAAUAUUAAACAGUAGCAGGCCCUGCUCCUCUCCUGAGCCGGAACAAGAUUUUGAUACCUGUCGUUUCCCUUCGUCGACACCGAUGUUGACGCGGCUGACGGAUAGCUCUAGGACGUCCUCUUUGAUAUCCUCGUCAGACGGACGCAACAGCCACAGGCCCUGUGAUCAUGCCCAAGUUCUUGGGAUCCAUGUUGACGACGAGGCCGAUCACGAAGAAGAUGAUCUGGCAGACGUUGACCCAAGAACGGCUCCACGGCUACCGCUCAUGCCAAACGAAGCUCACAGAAAUCCAAAUCUUGAAAUCACCUCGGACCUGCCUCCAGGCUUCAGUAUUCUCGGCCCGGCCUCGCAGCCUCUACUGCGCGGAUUCGUGCCCCCCAUCGCAGAGGAAGCGGACUUAGAAGAAGAGCUGACCAGCCCGGUUCUGUUGCAGUGCCGCUCUCUCACCGGGUCCGCGCGGGUUAUUAUGGACGAGGAGCAGGUCGUCAAGGGUGCUGUCAUGAUACCACCGUCAGGGACGAGUUCAUCUUGUUCGGCUUCGGGCGUGGAACUAGAAGACACUGCAGAUGCAGAAGUAGGACGAGCGGAAUCGGAAAGGGCGUCCCGUGCGUCAGACCACACUGACAUCGCCAGUGGCACUUCCUCGGGCGUCCGAACCAAUUAUGAAGAAGAUGCGCCUACUUCUUCUUCAUCAACUACUUGCCCCGCGCCGUUUCUUCACAGCGAAGGUAAGACGCCAAUCGGGACGAGAACGUCAUCAAGUGGUUCAUCAUCUAGAGGUAGCUUGAUGCAGCUCGUCAGCGGUCAAAGCCUCCCCUCGCACCCAGACCUGCAGGUUUUCACACCUCUGAAAGAGAUCACCUCUAGCACGACCACUACCUUCUUGAGUGAUUUCGGAGGCUCGAAGCCGGAGGACCACGGAGCAGCCCUCAUGCCAGACGAAAGUCCAGCCGGUGCUAAAGACAUCUUGUUCAACGGGGCCGAGAGUCGUGAAAAUGUUAUAGUGCCACUUCUGGUAGAAGUUGCACCUAGUAGUAGUGCUGCGACGACCACCGGAACAAAUUCUUGUGUUGUACAAGUGGCCGCAGGUCGUGAUGCUGAUCCAGCAGUAGCGGCCCCAGCGCAGGCACUCACUGGAACUCCCUCGAAGAUGAACGCCACCCCGAGCGGUCAAGACUUGCUGAGCUCGGCCAACCUUUCCUCGGCCCCAAUCAAAACGACGUCCUGUUCGCUGACCAGGCUUUGCAGCACCACGACUGCUGCAGACGAGCUGAUGGAUGGUGGCAAUGCGAGUGGUACCUCCAAGAAAACAUCGACCGGUAGUGGGCUACAAGACGAGUCAGCUGCUAGUUGUACAACAACACCAGCUGCAGCUUGUUCAUCAGCGUCGACAACUGCAGCUGUAAAUAAUUGCAGCACGACGACUUGCGACGUCUACGUCGAGAAGAAAGUGACCAACAAGAUGAAACAAGCGUCAAGGUCAACCGAAGACGGAGGUGGGGAUGAUGAUGACGAACUGGAACUGGACGAACUGCAAGUGGAAACUACAGAAGACCGGCGACGGAGCAAGCAGCGGGCAAUGGAGGUGUUUGCGUCUCUUGAUUUCAACCAGGAGAAUUGCCUCCACUAUACGCAGCUUGUAGCGGGCGUGAUUAACGAUAAAGCGGUCUUGGAAAACGAUGAGAUCAUGUGGGAAGUGUGGCGCGAACUCACCUGCUGCAAGAGAGAUGAGAAAGAGCAGGUGGAACUCAACAUCCACGGAAUAAACGAGCAGAAAGAUGAACAGGACGACCGCGAAGGAGCUGGGGCCGCCGUGGGGCUUGAGGAUAGAAGUACUAGCGCCGUCAAUAUUCACGACGAACACGACGACGCUCAGGUGAGAGAUCAUGUCGAUCCCGAUCCUGAACACGAAGUGGUGAAGAUGGACAUCUUUAAGAAACACACGACAAGAACGAUGUCGCCAGCAGCAGCUCCACUGGCACCACAGCAGAUCUCGACGUCCACACAAAUAACUCAACCACCGUAUAAGUCGUGCACGACGACCAAGCAACGCCACAGCCAGAGGGAUUUGAUCCAGGCGGAGGACUUCAUACACUUUCUCGGCGAAUGUUUUCGCAAAGAGCUCGAGGAGGAGUGGAAGCGCGAGACCGGUAGCGUGGAGGCACAGCUGAGUUAUGACGAAUUCAAGAAGUUGCUGAUUUACGGACAACAUAAUGACGGCGGCGGGGGCUCUUCUACUUGCGGUCCGAGUAAUGCAGCAGGAUCAUCUUCUUGUUCCAGCGCUUCUUGUUACACUGCAUAUUGUGCUGGAAGUGGUGCUGGGGGUGCGGCUACCACGACGGCCGCCGCUGCUGCAGCUCAUCUGGCACAGCACCAAUAUCCUACCAAUCCUGCUCUUCCGACUUCUGCAGGUGGCUGUUAUACUACGAGAAACUUCUACAACACAGGAGCGUCGGCGUCAAGAGUGUCGCAAUCGAUAUUCCAGCCUACAACAACCGAUGCACAGGGACCUCCAGGCUCCCCUUCCUGCUCUUUUGGGAACAGCGCAGCUGCACCCACAAGCACGAACUUGAAAACACAAGAAGAAGAACAACACCAAUUCUUGCACUUGUAUCCGUCGGCGCAGCGAGUUUCGGUCUGCUCCGGGCUGCUGCCGAAUUAUCCUGCUUCUAGUACCCCGAAACUACAGAGCGCCGCUGGCUCUAGUCUGAUGUCUUCAAGUGGGCAUGAUGUCGAAGAUGAUCAGCAAUUUUACAAGAACGUGAGCUCUACUUUGUCCACCGCGUCUUCGUCUUCAGGCCGCGAGGAGCGGGAGCGCUGGCUGGCCAAAAAGGAACCGAACAUGAACAGCGCAGGAGCAGAAUCUUCUGUGGGGUCGUCGUUGUUCCAUGAUGAGAUAAACCUGAAGCGAGUAGUAAAUGCAGAUUUUAGAAGUAGAAACAAGAACUGUAGCGGGUGGAGGACGACUACAGCCAGAGCGAGCGUUGAAAUUGAAGCUGAGGGUGAAGAUCCUUCACUUCGCAAGAAUAACGACGCCAGGAGAAGUGCCACGACUGCAGCUCAUGCCCCCCCGACGACCGUCUUUUGCGGCGCGCCUCAAGAACUACACAGCUGCAAGGCUAGAUCUUCGCCUGCUGCGUCGUGCUCGGGAGUUGAUGUUCAUGGGACCUCCACGACGACCACUGCGAUAGUGAGAAGUAACAACGUUGGCGAAACUUCUAACCGAAGCGGCGGGUCAUGGUCAACAAGUUCGAGGGUGCGGCGACAUUUCAUGCAGCAGAAAACAGGAGCUUUUCAACAUCUUCCUGGCGCACCAGAUGAAGAAAGCAGACUUAUGUCACAACCCAAUCUUCUACUUCAUCACUCGAGCACUCGUGAUCAGGUAGAAGAUAGGCGAGUGCUAGAACAAGCACAGCGUGGUCAGGACGCAAGCUCCUCGCGUAGUGACCAUAAGCGACGCAGUGCUGCUGCAAUCAGCUUUUAUCCACCGGCGGUGACUCCACGGGGAAACUACUACGCAGCUAACGCCGGAGGAGCGACCAACUAUCCUAAUCCGCCACGUCCGCGCGUGCGGAGCCGCAGUAACUUCCGUGACAGAGCGGUGAGCACGGACACAAUGUUUCACGAAGCUUUGUAUACCCCAAAAAUCCCGAAACACAAUCCAGCAUUUUUCUAA